AUGUUUAACUCGAUCGCAGCAGCAACUUCAGCAGUGAAAGUGGCAGCAGGCUUGUCAAUCGGCGAUACAGGCGGACAGGCAGAUGGAGAAGCAGGGGGACAGUCACAAGGGGUCACGGGAACGCAGGAGGAGUUGGAACCGCCGACAACACAAGAAGACAAACAAGCCAGCGGAGGCGCAGAAGACAAACCGGCACCAGCCCCUCCAAAGAAAACCAAAAAGGUUACCGUGAAAGCACCAGCGAGAAGGUCGACACGAGCGACGUCGAAACAACCAGGGGAGCAGGAAAAGGACAACGAACAAGGGGGUGGGGAGGAUCGGGAGGAAGGAAGGGGGACAGGGAUAGAGGAAUUCAGGGAACUACUGGGGGAGGAGGUUAGGGGUCAAGGUAACGGGAAAGGAACUGCUGGAAACCCUGUCGGCGCGGAGGAAGAGAUCCAGGUCAUAGGAGGAAUGAAGGGGAGGGUGGACCUGCAAGGUACUAUGCUAGAGGUGAUAGGGAGAGCGUUGGCGGCCAAAGCAGCAGGACAGCGACCCCACUCCCGCUAUCCUCAACCCUAG